CUUAGACAAAGUCAAAUAAGAGACAUGUUGCCAUUGCAUAAGUUUAGGUGAUAUCGCCAUCCAAGUGAUUGAGUAGUUGAUAUAGAUCACACCUAAAAUUCUAAAAUAGACUAGUUAUGCCAUUAGCCUCCAUGCACAAGCCAUAAAUAACUUGACUAGAUGGCCAGCUAAUUGAUUAGUAAACUAUUUAUAUAGGACUGUUGUUUUAAAAAAAAUACAGAUUUUGUUGUAGUACAUGGCGACUUUUUGUUUACUUCCUGAACAUCUUAAAAGUGAAUAUUUGGAGGAACACACUCUUAAAAAAACAUGAUUAUUCGCUACUUUCCAGUCGCAUAAACCUAGACGUUAAUUAUGAUGUUUUAGACUAGGUUGAAGUUAAACUUUUAUAAUUUUGAUUAUAAAUGACUUCAAAAAUACUUAGUUUAAAGGCACUAGAACAACAAAUAUAGUUGUAUAUAUAUCAUAGAAAAACAUAGUCAAAGAUAUAUUUCCGAGACUGUUAUUGUGCAACACGUCAAGGAUACCAUGGACAUUAAAAUAUAUAUUUAUGAUUAAAUAGGAGAGUGUAUUCUUCCUACAUCAAAAUUCGCACAAAAAGAGAACUCUAAGUUGCAGUGUUUCCCUAUCAAGUAUCAAUCGCGAGCUGCAUAACUUAUAUAGUGAUAAGGAGAAACCGAUGGGGAUUUAAAGGCUUGAUGCGAUGACGCUCUUGCAGGAGAAACCGAUGGCUCUCCCGCGUGUCUCGCGUGACGCUAUAAACAAACCGAAUAUACAAUGCGAGCAACGCAGCUAUAAAAGUUGGCGAACGACAUGUAGCAUGCAUUCCAAGCAGAGCCAGAACAGUGCGUGACACCGUAAUGCCGCCGGAGAAGCAGGACGCAACGAUGGCGAGGCGACAGCGCCACGCCGUGAUGAUCCCGUACCCGGCGCAGGGCCACAUCACGCCGAUGAUGAAGCUGGCCAAGCUGCUCCACGCGCGUGGCUUCCACGUCACCUUCGUCAACACCGAGUUCAACCACCGCCGCAUGCUCGCCUCCCGGGGCGCCGCCGCGCUCGACGGCGGCGUGCCGGGGUUCCGCUUCGCCGCCAUCCCCGACGGCCUCCCGCCGUCCGACGCCGACGCCACCCAGGACAUCCCCGCGCUCUGCCGCUCCACCAUGACCACCUGCCUCCCCCACGUCGUCGCCCUCCUCGCCGAGCUCAAUGACCCGACCUCCGGUGUGCCGCCGGUCACGUGCGUCGUGGCGGACGCCAUCAUGUCGUUCGCGUACGACGCGGCGAGGCGGAUCGGCGUGCCGUGCACCGCGCUGUGCACGCCGAGCGCCUGCGGCUUCGUGGGGUACAGCCACUACCGGCAGCUCGUGGAGCGCGGCCUCGUGCCGCUCAAGGACGCGGCGCAGCUCGCCGACGGGUACCUCGACACGGUGGUGGACGGCGCGCGCGGCAUGUGCGACGGCGUCCAGCUGCGCGACUUCCCCAGCUUCAUCCGCACCACGGACCGCGGCGACAUCAUGCUCAACUUCAUCAUGCGCGAGGCCGAGCGGCUCACCCUCCCCGACGCCGUCAUCCUCAACACCUUCGACGACCUCGAGCGGCCGGCGCUGGACGCCAUGCGCGCCAUCUUCCCUCCGGUCUACACCGUCGGGCCGCUCCCCCUCCACGUUCGCCACGUCGUCCCCAAGGGCAGCCCGCUGGACACAGCCAUCGGCUCGAACCUCUGGAAGGAGCAGGGCGGCCUCCUCGAGUGGCUCGACGGCCGUCCUCCGCGCUCCGUCGUGUACGUCAACUACGGCAGCAUCGCCGUGAUGACGAACGAGCAGCUCCUGGAGUUCGCCUGGGGCCUCGCCCACAGCGGCUACCCAUUCCUCUGGAACGUGCGCCCCGACCUCGUCAAGGGCGACGCCGCCGUGCUGCCGCCGGAGUUCCUCGCCGCCGUGGAGGGCCGCGGCAUGCUGACGACAUGGUGCCCGCAGGAGCAGGUGAUCGAGCACCCCGCGGUGGGUGUGUUCCUGACGCACUCCGGGUGGAACUCGACGCUGGAGAGCCUCGCCGCGGGCGUGCCGAUGCUGAGCUGGCCGUUCUUCGCGGAGCAGCAGACGAACUGCCGGUACAAGCGCACGGAGUGGGGCGUCGGGAUGGAGAUCGGCGGCGAGGUGGAGCGGAGCGACGUGGCCGCCACGAUACGGGAGGCCAUGGAGGGGGAGAAAGGGCGGGAGAUGCGGCGUCGCGCGGCGGAGUGGAAGGAGAUGGCCACGAGGGUGACGCUGCCCGGUGGAACCGCGGAUAUCAACUUGACAAGGCUUAUCGACGAGGUGCUGCUCAGUGGUGGGAAGAAGCGUCAAGCUUUGGACGCCCGUGACUGAAUCUAAAAGUUUACGAUAAUAUUGUGUUGGCAUGUUUAUAUUGAAAAGGUUUUCUUAAAAAUUAAUUUGAAUCGUAUAUAAUCUUACAAAAUAGCAGCAGUCCAGACAUCCAAUGGUCCACAGUGAGGAAGCACUAGAAGUGCGUGGUUAUGUAGCUCCAUUCACUAGGUUUAAAAUCGUAUUGUCGACAAUUCGACCUAUUCAUUUAUAUUUGUUA